UAUGAAUUCGGAACAAAAUUCGCGAAUCUGGGUUCAAAUUUGACCUCAAUUCUUAUUAUGCUGGAUCUUUUGUAUUUGAAGAUCCGAUCCAAUUUCACAUGAUCAACUCUUGUAUAUUUGUAUUUUUGACAUUUUGGCUAACGUUCAAUACAAUUCAAGUUUUGGUAUUAUUUUAUUCAGUGCUCGACUUAUAGUUUUCUUUUUUUUUCUACGAGCAGUUUAAAAUUAUUCCAGUCGGUUUUAAUUUUGUGAAUUAAUCCCUCAGAUAAAAUUUGCAUUGACUGCACAUUUCGCAACUGCGUAACAGGAGAAAUAAUCUCUUUGGACGUCGCCAUCUUCUUUUCGUCACUCGGGGAGGGUCUGAAAUACGCCAGAACUCUGCUUUGUCUUGACAAUGUUCGCCUUGGCUGUUAUAUGUUCUUGUCUCUUAAUGACAUUUGGUUCACUGACUGACAAGUCGACCUGUAGUAAUCUGGAGGUUCUUCCCAAAACUGAACUUAAUCUGGAACAAUUGCUGGGUAGUUGGGUUGAGGUGGGACGAUCGUUUAGAAACCCUCUCAAUGGUAUAAAUGUCUGCUGCGAGUACAACUUCGAGCUUGUUUCUCACAACAAAUCAGGCGCAACUGUAUUGAAGCUGAGCUACCAAGGUGACUCAGGCUGGGGAAUUGAUAAAAGGAAAGGCUUGGUACUCCUCAACCAAUCACAGUCCCUUAAAUUCAACACUUUCACUCUCAAACUAUCACACAGAUACGAGAUGCAUCUUCCCAUCACACUCGAUAUGCACAUUUUGACUAACGAUCCUGAGUCGUACAUUAUUCUGUACUCGUGUGUUCAGACUAAGGGUUCGUUUGUACGCAAAUCACAAAGGUACGAGUAUGCUUGGGUCCUGGUUCGCGAUAUAGACACAGCGAACAUGGCUGCAAUCGAUCAUGACACGGAGAAACUUCUAUACGACACGAAUAUCUCUGGGGAGUCGGGAAAUCAGAUUAUUCGCACCCUGGGUAAAAAGUGUAUGCAACGCAUGUGAAGCAAAUCUCGGAAUAUGUAAUUAUUGACAUUAUGUUACGGGAUAACUAAACCAAAAUAAAAUUAGAAUUAGAGCAGUUGUAGUCGUGCGACAAAAACAAAAUUAGGUUUAGUUUUAAUAAUGGAUG